UCACGGACGCUCCCGCGUCCCUUGUCAGACGUGCUUUGUGAUUGGGCGGGGUAUUUUCUCCCCCAGCGCUCCGAUUGGUUUGGGAGGUGGGAGCCGAGCGCGCGGGCGCGGCUGGAGGCGCUGAGUGGUGGCGCUCCGCCCCGGGGGCGGGGGUUCGAAUGAGGCGGGAAGCGGCUGCUGGCAUCGCGGGGGCCGCGCGGGUCCUAGGGUAGCUCGAGAGCCGCCGUGCGCCCGGUGAGAGGCCAAGGGGGGCGGACGGGGAGGCUUCCCUGCGCCUGUGGCCCCCUCUCACUUGGGAGCCGGGGCAGGUGGCGCCUCAGUCCCAAAGGCCUCGGGAGCCAGGGCCCAGGCGACGGUUCCUACCGCGGCCUGAGGGCCCAAGCGGCCCCCACCCCUUGGGCCUGGGGAGUGGUAGGGCCGUGGGGAUAGAGCACCGGGGGGGGGGGGGCUUGGUGCUGUUUCUACUGGGAUCUAGGGCACGUCAUUCCCCUUCCCCGUGCCUCAGUUUCCCCAUGUGGACAAGGGGGCUAAAGAUCCUGACCUGCUUUGUAAAGCGCUGAGAUCUGCUGAGGAAAAGAUCUCUAUGAGAGCUGCCUGCUGCUGUCUUCUCUUGCCCAGUGUUGAAUUUUCUGAGAGCCUAAUGCUGUGGCUAAUUAUCUAGGGGGGAUCUCCCCUCCCCCUUAAGUAUGACCGAUGUCAGUCACUUAAAAACCUUCCCAAGUUGUCGGUCUGGCUCUUGGUCUGAUUUGAAAAGGCUUGUGGACAGUAGGGGUCUGUGACUGUUAGUGGGAUAGAGGCUGGUACACUGCUUAAAGGGGGAGCUCAUCCUGUUAUAAUGGACUAACUGGGGUCUUGGUCCUACCACGUCAACACAAAAGCCUGAGGAGACUUCUGUUGGAACACUUACAGCACAAAGCCUUCACCUCCAGUGUGACAGAGAAACAGCUUUUAUACACACUAUUUCCACACUGUCGAUUGUUGAUUUCUUUUAGCCAAGAUGUCAGUGAAUCCUAUGGCAUAUGAAACCCAGUUCUUUGGUUUUACCCCUCAAACAUGUAUGCUUAGGGUCUACAUUGCAUUUCAAGACUACCUAUUUGAAAUGAUGCUGGUUGUGGAAAGAGUCAUUCUAAAGAAACUAGAAGGCUUUCCUGACUCUAAGAUCAGUCCAUUCCAAAUCCGUAAGAGCACAGAGAAAUUUCUUCUCUUCAUGAAGGAGCGCUUUGAUCACCUCUUCAGCAAAAUGGAACAAAUGCUUUUGCAGUUGGUGUUAAACAUCCCUAAAAAUGUUUUACUUCCUGAAGACAAGGUCCAUGAGCAGUACCCCUACAGUAAGGAACAAUUUCAAACUCUUCAAGGUGAAAUUGAUCAACUAGAGAAACAAUACAAGGUCGAAGUGUCUGCUGGACAGGCCCUGUUAGCAGAAUUAGAAGAACAGAAAAUGGUUCAGGCAGAGCUUGAGAAGACCCUCCAGUGGUUUGAUGGGCUUGAGAACAUAUGCAGAGAGCAUGGGACUAGCAAUUUAAAGGAAAGCUUUGCAUUCUUGACGCAAACUUCUAAGAAACUGCAAGAUAUACUAAAGGAAGUUGAAAAGAAAAACAAAAGAUUGCAAAAAAGUAAUCUCCAUGUAGUGUAAAGGAAGUACUGAAAGGGCAGCAGAGAAACCAAUAAGACAAUACUUGUGUUACAAUACAUUUUUUGAGGAUCUCUCCAGAAGCAUUUGUAUAUAAUGUUGUGGGGGGUUUGCCCCCUCUUCCUUGCCAUACCAGUUUUUGACUGAAAGCUGGUGAGUGCAAUAUUCUGGCAAACCAUCAUUUUCCCCUCCUGAAUUUUAUAAAUACUGCUUAGACAUUUUUUUAAAUAGAUAAACAUACCCCCCAAGAGUGUCUAAAUGAGUUGUCUGAAUGGUAGAAGUGCAGAUGCAAAAUAAGUGCAUUGUAAUGAAGACUUCAAUUCUCUGCAUAGUUCAUUUAAGCUAUCUUAGUAGAUAGGAAGCUUUGUCUUUAAGGUUAAGAUGCUUCUAACAUUAAACUAUUUUUUGGAAGUCAAGACUUGUCAGUAUUGAAAUGUUCCAUUUAGAAAUGUAAGAAUGUGACAUCAUAGUAAAACUUAGGCCCUGAGGAGAAAUGCAUUUAAUAAAUUUUGGAGUUGGAAUUAAUCUAGACAACGGUGAGUGGUUUCUAAAAUGGAGGGGUAAGUUAUUACUUCCAGUAUUU